AUGAAAUUCACUCACUUUGUCACUCUUGUGUUCACGCUUGUUUCGGUAUGCUUCGCCCAACAGUCCCAACGCAGAAGCGCCUCAAGCAUUCCAGUUUCUAGCUGGGGCAAUUCCACAUUCUCUCGACCUCCAUUAGUAAAACCAAGUUCGGCCCGUUCAUCGUUUCAUUCGCGUGCCUUAGCAACACCUUCAGCGUCUUCAGCUCCGGUAACCCCAGCGCCGGUGUCUACAACAACCGCUUCGAGGACAUCGUCCGCACCCCCAACUACAGUCACAGUAAGCAAUGGUGAGAACAUCGUUGUUGCCGCCGGGGUCGUUGUCGUUGGUGGAGCACUAGGAGGUUCUUUCACACUCAACGGCGUCACGACCGUCGUCCCGGCUGGGGCUAGCAUUGUGGCAGGUUCCGGGCAGCAGAACCCAAGUGAUCCUGAAAACCCGGAUGAAAAGGCAUCCCGCAAUCCAGACCAGAAAACAACGCAACCAGAGCCUUCUCAAGCACCAAGCUCGAGCGCACAGGUCUCAGGGACGGAGACAACCAGCAAUCCAGUUGCGACCCCAAGCGGCACGGCUGCUGAGUACAUCAUCUUCGCCAAAAAGGGCACCAACAAGGCAGAUGCAGACGGUUUUGGUAACACUCUCAAGAGUCUUUUGGGAGAAACUAAGAUUAGUUUAAUUCUGAACACAGACGGGGUCCCUUUCAUGUGGCGCACGGAUCUCACUCCCAGCCAGCUCGAUAAGGUCAAGGCGGAUCGUGUUGUUGCUGGUGUGGUGCCGAACAAGAAGGAGACGUUUAAGGACCCCACUCCGGACCCUGCCGAUACGGAUCCGGAAGCUGACCCGGCGUACGGCUCGCAUGCGUCCGGGUCGGCUACGGUACAGAAGAGGGCAGAUGCCACACAGGUACCGACCUCGAAAAACAAAUUGUUCGAUCUUCGCACGCUUUCAACCCCACCAAAGACAGAUGGUAUUCUACCUAACUUUAUGUAUGAAGAUCCCGCAGGCGAGGGCAUUACCAUCUACCACAUCGACCUCGGGCCAUUUGCACUGGACCAUGACGAGUUCUCGUCUGACUCCGGUGCAACUCGCCGAACCAUUGAUGUGAAUGAAGAAGAUGUCGCCGACCCUGACCACGGGACGUGUGCAGCCUCGAAAGCCGUGGGCAAGACAACCGGGACGGCGAAGCGCUCCAAUCUCGUUGCCGUACGGAUAGAUGAGGAUGGUUGGGGCGUUAUCGCAGGGCUUCAGGCGGCCGCUAACGACAUUUACCAGAAGAAACUGCAAGGAAAGGCUGUUGUGUCAAUAUCGGUCACAGCAGAGGCCGACGAAAAGAUUAUAGUUGACUACGUGCGUGAGGUUGUUGGGGUGCUCGUUGGCAUGGAUGUGCCUGUGAUCUGCCCAGCUGGCAACAACGGAACUCCGGAGAAGCCUGUUGAAGUAAACACACUACCGGGUACCUUGGCCAAAGAAUUUCCCGUGAUUGUGGUAGGCUCGGCCAGCAGACGACUCGAAAAGUCAUGGUUCAGCCAGCAGGGAGAUCUUCUAACCACCUGGGCGGUUGGUGAGAACAUUAGGUGCGCAAACUUCAACAACCCAUCUGGCUUGAAGUUCGACACUGGUACAUCAUUUGCUGGGCCACAGGUCGCCGGUAUUGCGGCUUACUUCCUGUCACACCCCGAUUUUAACACUGGCUUACGCCAGAAGAAGGUUGCUGCAGACAUGCGCGACCUGAUCGGCGCAACAUCGUUCCCGCGCAUCACGGAGCCUGGCUACCCUCCCAUAGCAUGGAACCUGUGGGGUUCACAGCAGGCUUGCUCUGCCAAUACAGCAGCAACACGAAGGAUGUCAAGGAGAAGUGCCGCCGAGAGGCGCGCCCUUCCUGCAUGCUCGUUUGCCCCGUCAUCUGCGCCAGCAACGGCUCGUCCUACGUCGGGCCCUUCAGCAGUCCCAUCUGCACCAGUAAAACCCUCAGGCUCGGCAUCUAAGGGUCCCACCACGACAACUACCUCGAUAACGGAGACUGUCUCUGCAGGUCCGCAAAAGUGUGGCGUCUGUGGCGCGCAGGCUGCAAACGACUUUGCCGGGAAACUGGGCGGACAGGUUGGCUGCUCAGGGGCUGACUACGCGCGCCAGUCUUGCGAGAAUGACCCAGACUGUAAAUCCUGGGCGUUCGGCAUGGAAGACCGACAGACGUACAGCAUCGAAGUCUGCCUGCUUUUUUCGGAAUCAGCUACGCAAGUUGUUAGCCAAGCACCACCUGAUCCGGAAGGCAAAUGCCCUUUCAAGUAUCAUGACAAAGGAUGUCCAACGCAGUAG